GUCAAAGGAAGUUGGGCUCUCCUCCCACCCUCCCUCUCUCCCGCCCUCCUACUCUAAUACAUCUCAUACAUAUUAGCAAACCUUUAAUCUGACGGUACACAUCACAAAGUCACUCACCAAGACUCUGGGCUCAGACGCAUUUUCCAACGCAUGCUGUAGCCUACUUUUUAAGCUGGUGUUGAGCAGUAAGUACAGUGCUGGCUUGUGUUUCACCAACUUUCCGUGUAGCUGAGAGACAAGGGACCGGCUUGGGCAUAGUGCGGCUGCAUCCAUCGCAUCAAUAAACAGUCAGACCAAAUCUGGAUUCUAUUUGCAGAGAAACAAGAGGAGCGACUUGGACACACUCAAAGAAAACUACAACAGAAAGCAGAGGACCAGUUGUCCACCGCAAAUCGGAUGUUUAAUUUAUGCUUGUCAUUUUUUAAUCCAAGUCAAAAGUGCUAGGACUCCCCUGGGCCUGAAAAGUGUAACUUUUCAACGCAGUUUUCUUGGAGCAGAGGUCUUCAAUAUGAGCAAGCCUGCUGGUUCAACAAGUGGUUGUCUGGAUAUUUUAAAUGUCAAAUCCAGUCGGAUUCUGGACAUUCCAUGUAAAGUGUGUGGAGACCGAAGUUCUGGAAAGCACUACGGGGUUUAUGCGUGUGAUGGCUGCUCGGGUUUUUUCAAGAGGAGCAUAAGGAGAAACAGAACGUAUGUCUGCAAAUCUGGCACACAGGGCGGCUGUCCAGUAGACAAGACACACAGAAAUCAGUGUCGCGCCUGUCGCUUGAAAAAGUGUCUUGAAGUUAAUAUGAAUAAAGAUGCAGUGCAGCACGAGAGAGGACCGAGAACGUCAACCAUUCGAAAGCAGGUUGCACUGUAUUUCCGAGGCCAUAAAGAGGUGAACGGCUCGUCGACCCAUUUUCCAUCCACGUCUAUCCCGGGGCCGCCGUUUUUCACAACAGUCACGCAGCUGGAGCCUCACAAUCUAGAGUUAAACACGGUCACAAGCACACCGGAACGGCAGGCCAUUGUAGGACUCGCCCAACCCACACCGAAGUAUCCUCAUGAAGUUAGUGGCACUCCCAUGUACCUGUAUGAAGUGGCGACAGAGUCUGUGUGCGAAUCAGCCGCGCGCCUGCUCUUCAUGAGCAUUAAAUGGGCCAAGAGUGUUCCGGCCUUCUCCACGCUCCCUCUACCUGACCAGUUGAUUCUUUUAGAAGACGCAUGGAGGGAGCUUUUCGUGCUGGGCAUCGCGCAGUGGGCCAUUCCAGUGGACUCCAGCACUCUCCUAGCUGUUUCAGGAAUGAAUACCGAGAACACAGAUUCCCAGAGGCUAAACAAAAUCAUCUCCGAGAUCCAGGCGCUGCAGGAGGUCGUGACGCGUUUCAGACAGCUCAGACUGGACGCGACCGAGUUCGCGUGCCUCAAGUGCAUCGUCACCUUCAAAGCAGUUCCAACACACAGUGGUUCGGAACUGAGGAGCUUUCGUAACGCUAGUGCCAUUGCAGCCCUUCAGGACGAAGCCCAGCUGACUCUAAACAGCUACAUUCACACCAGGUACCCCACUCAGCCGUGCCGCUUUGGGAAACUGCUGUUGCUCUUGCCUGCUCUACGUUCAGUUGGUCCAUCCACCAUUGAAGAGGUGUUCUUCAAAAAGACCAUCGGAAACGUGCCCAUCACACGACUGCUUUCAGACAUGUACAAAUCCAGUGAUAUAUGAGCUACUGAGAGACAGAGAAAAGAAACAAAAAUGUAUCUUUGACCUUGGCAUUCACAUGGACCCCGUGGAUGAUACCAGAUGCCCUAAUGUGAUUCUUCACGCACUUGUUUGGAGAAUAAAGCUCUACCAAUGUCAAGAUGUUGUUACGCAGGGAAAGUUUAAAACAAACAAA